AUGAUUGACCGCAUCCUCUACAUCAUCUCUAACAUGUCCUCUGUCCCUUGGGAAAGCGCCUAUGCAGCUGUGGCCCCCAGUACUCCCUCCCGUGGAUACUCCCACCUCUACUAUAGAGGGUAUGGAGAGAGGCAGGUGGGCUGGCACGGAGAAACCUACUGCGUGCUGGGCAGCUACAGGUCGUAUGGCGAUCUCCCCCUGGCCACUCCAGCCAAGCGAGAAGUCCAGCAGCUGGCACCCCGACGGGCCCCCAAGAGGCGCCACCCAGUGGACCCCUCGGACUUGGAGCUGGGCUGUCCUAGAGCAAAGAAGCCCCGCUUGCAGUUGGAGCCUGGCAGAGGCGAGGGGACCUCUGGGGAAUUCCCCCUGCUUGCCCCAGCAGAGCUCCUUGGGGAGAUGCCGGCGCCCCGACGGGCCCUCAAGAGGCGCCACGCAGUGGACCCCUCGGACUUGGAGCUGGGCUGUCCUAGACCAAAGAAGCCCCGCUUGGAGUUGGAGCCCGGCACAGGCGACGGGACCUCUCCAGAAUCCCCCCUGGCUGCACCAGCAGAGCUCCAUGGCCAGAAGCCUGAACCCCGACGGGCCCCCAAGAGGCGCCACCCGGUGGACCCCUCGGACUUGGAGUUGGGCUCUCCCAAACCAAAGAGGCCCCGCUUAUAG